UUACUAUCAUUAUUACUAUCAUUAAACAACGAAAAUACUAUCUUUACGGACAAUACCCAUCUCAUAUCUUCCAUCUUCCAUCUUCCAUCUUCCAUCUUCUCAAUUCUACAUUCUGUAUUCAGAGUCAGCCCCGAGUCUAGCAAUCAAAACACCCAGCCCUGUGCAGAAUCUGUAUGAGAAAAAGGGUGUCUAUACCGACAUAUCCUUCACCGUCUCACAAAUCUCACUCAUAUCUACGCCAAUCCAUCCCUCCAUUCACUUCUACCAAUUAUCUUUUUUGCCUCCGAUCUUUGGAACGGAUUCAUUUCUCCUCAUUCAAUUCCUCUUCUAGAAAAUAACCAAUUCGAAUCUUUCAAAAGUUCAAAACCAACCCUUUUUUAUAUGCGAACAUCAUACUAUACCAUCCAUCCAUCACAUUUGAACUAUCAAUCUGCAAAACCCUCCGAAUAUCCUCCGCCGUUGUUCCACAUUGUAUCGCUAUAAAAAGUUCCAGAACAAUAUAAAAAAAAGAAAAGGACUAAAGAGAGAGGAAAAAAGAUUGCGACCGUUAAACCACAGCCCUAUUACUAUAUUCAGCAAACGCUCCGAAAAUAACUCGACUUCGAGUCCAAUUCAUCUUUGUUCUUGCUAUGCAACGGUCCAUGCGCAACAAUUGUCGAGAAGGUUUGCGACGGAAUUCAAGGACUUCCCAUGGAAAUAUAUACAAUUCAACCAUCAACGUUAUAUUCAAUUGAACAGGUGCACGCAAAACCUGCGAAAAGCAAUAAACCCUCGCUCGUCCCCUCCACGGAGGUAAGACGGGCGUGGUAUCCCUCUGGUUCGGCCUUCGAUUUCAAGAUAUCAUCAUGACCAUAUACUCUAGCCCACCACCCGCUCGAAGUUUCUACGACGAUAAACCUACACUUCUUGUUUGUUGGUGGUGUACGUUAUUUUCCGCCGUUAUUAUAAUGUUUCGGGUUUGUGGAAGAUAUAUCAGGACGGAAAAGUUGUUUAAAGAGGAUUGGUUGGCUUUGGCUUGUCUUAUUCCUUUGUUCUGUCGUAUGGCUUUGGUGCAUGUGGUUUUACUAUUUGGAACAAAUAAUGCCAUCAUUGAGGAUUUUUCAGAGAGAGCUUUAUAUCGAAGAGCUAUUGGAAGCAGGCUAGUAUUGGUAUCUAGGAUAUUUUAUGCUGCGACGUAAGUUUAUUUCAGACUUUCUUGUUACUUGUUUCUUCUGUCGUGUUACUUUAAACUCUAUUCAGUCGUUAACAUGUUUCUAGACUUUGGAUGCUUAAACUUACAAUUAGUGAAUUCUUUAAAAGACUCACAAUUAAUAUUUGGACAAGGUCACACGAACGAACCUUGAUAUUCAUUCGAUGGUUUCUUCUCGUCACUUUCAUCGCAGUGAUAAUAGCAGAUAUUUCCGAAUGUCAACCUAUCAAUCAUUAUUGGCAAGUCACGCCUGAUCCAGGUGCAAAAUGUCGUCAAGGAUAUGCACAACUCCUUACAAUGGGAACAGUCAAUGUAUUGACUGAUCUCCUACUCGUUCUAUUUCCCGUUCCUAUCAUCAUUGGUUCGACCAUGAGGAUAAAAAGAAAGAUUCAAUUAGUGUUAUUGUUUGCUGGUUCAUUGAUACCAGCUGGAAUAACACUAUAUAGAAUUCCGGAAAUUAUUGAUCGACAUGGCCUUCAACAAUAUCGAUCCUUAUUAGCUUCAGUCGAAAUUCUUUUCGCAACCGCUGUCGCCAAUGCACUUAUUUUAGGUUCUUUCGUGAGAGAUCGAGGUGUCAAGAAACAAAAGUGGAAAUUUGGUUCCAUAACCGAUACACUUGAUCGUACCACAUCUCGACGUGGAACCGCAGCUCGUCAAUGGGGAAGUGAUGAGGAUCUCGUUAGAGGCUUAGGACUGGGUGUAAAUCCAGAAUUAAGAGGUGUUUUUGAAUCACCCCCUCGUCCAGCUCCAAUGGCUGUGGCUGGAAAUAUGCCAGUGAGAAGUCAGCGAUUUGAUUCAGUCGGUGAGAGUGAUUGGCGCUUUCCAAGUGAUACAAGUGACGAGAUUGAUUUUGUUAAAUCACCUCCUCGUCAUGAGUCGGAAGAUUUAACUUCAAUGAUGUCACCACGUCGCGUCUCAUUCUUCGAUGUAGGUGGAUUACUCGAUCAAGAAUCUCCGAGAAGAGUUAGUUCUACUAGAACAAUGGAUACUGAAUAUACUGGCGAAUCAAGUACCCAAGGCGGUGGCCCCGUUUCGACUACCUGGUCAUUUGAAAAUGGAUUAAGUCCAGCUCCACCAAGACGUGGUUCAAUAGCUCUUCUUCAGGAUAUUGGUGGAUUAUUAGGACCGAGAACAAGAAUCCAGAGAAAUUCCAAUACGACAUAUGAACUCGAGACCAUUUUACGAGAUAGAGUUCCUCCCACUAGUCAUCCUUCGCUUCCUCAUUCUCAUUCUAUGCCACCUCCUAUUGAUCAUUUAGCGAGACAACAAGAUAAUUUGAAUUUACAGGAUGUAGGGGGACUUUUGGGGAGAUGAUCACAUAUAAUUUACACAGUUGUACUCGUACACUGAGUAGAUUUCCUUGCGUCCUUUUAUAUCUACUUAUUGUAUCAUCAGCAUUUCUUUACGUUCGUUGCGACUUUAUACCUAAAUCCUUAUUACUUUUUUUAAUUUUUCUAUUUUCAUAUCAUAUCAUAUCAUGUCAUCUUUCUUUACUUUGCUUACCUACUAUACCUUUCCCUUUGUCAGAAGCAAUUGUAGCGAAAUUUUACGACAUUAUGAAAAUUGGGUGGCUGGUUUUGAUUUUGAUUAUUCCUGGAAUCGCUGGAUCUGAAUCUGGAUCUGGAUUUGGAUCUGAAUGGAUUUUGGUAUGGGCGAGUGAGCUGAUCUACGGGUUGGAUUGGAUUGUAUUAGCAUGGAUGGGCGUUAGGGAGCAAAACGAUAUUGAUAUUGUUAUUGAUACUGAUACCAUCAUGGGGUUGGUCGGUCGGUUUUGUUACUCUUUUUUCCUUUUAUUACUGCUGUGGAUGAAUGGAUAGAUUGAUGGAUGAAUGGGUUGGAUCGUGGAUGGGAAUAAUGUUGAUUAGGAUUUGGAUUUGGAUUUGGGUUAUGUGAUUGAUGCACGCACGCCGGGGCGCGGAUUGAAGGUUUUGGGGGCUUGGAGUGAAAUGUGAAUGGAAUGGAAUGAUAAGCAUUUGUGGGUGCAAUGGAGGUGGAUUUAUGUAUAAUCAUUGAUUUUGGGAUGGGGGGCCUUUUGAUGU